AUGUCUCUCACCGCCCUCUGCGCCAAGCAGCGCCGCUUCGGUGGCGCGGGUGACGGCGGCUGGACCUUGUGCGUGGACCGCCGCGCGAUGCACGUGCGGGACCGCUGUGUGAUCUUCUCCUUUGGCGUCGGCUUUGAUGCAGCCUUCGACUUGGAUGCUGCCACUCGCCUGCCGUGGUGCGAGGUGCACAUGUUCGACCCCACGCCCCAGGUUGUGGAGGUUCUGAGCGGUAGCGCGGCCGCGUGGGCGGCGCUCUAUGGAAAAGCCGCGACCCGCACGCAGGACACUCUGGAAGCGUUUCGAGCACAGACGCGCGGCCUGCUGGCCAAUGGCACGGCCACGACCUCUCCAGGUGCGCUCUCGCUCCCCAAUGUGCGCUUCCACCCGUUCGGCCUAGCCGCGCGCGACCGCAAUGGCACGCUGCGCAACUGGUGGACGCAGCAUCGCAUGAGCCGCACCAUAAAGAGAGCUCCCACAGCAGAGUUCCUGUCUCUCGAUUCGAUUGUGGCGCGAGUGGGCCGCACGCCAAGCGUUGUGAAGGUGGACAUCGAAGGGGCUGAGAAGCAGCCGGGGGUGCUGGAGGCCCUGCUGCACAGUGGUGCGCCGCAGCUGGCUCUCGAGCUGCACAAGGCUGGGAGUGAAGAGCAUUUACAGACAGUCACAGAUAGGGGAGUGGGGAGAGGGCAGAGCCAGAGGGAAGUUUUCGUCUACGUGUACGUGUACGUCUUUGCUCUUUCCCCAUACUAA